UGGGAGCCCGGGUUUGUAUCAGACACAAACAGCUCCCAGCACCAAGAGCCGACUCUGACACGAGGAGGCUGCGAUGGAGACGCUGAGAUCCCUGCUCCGGCGUGCGGGCGGUGAGCGGCCCAGCCGACACUCCUACACCAUCUACAGGAACGUGGAGGGGCCGGGCGGGGAGGGGACCGGGGGCCUGGAGCUGAAGGUAGUCGAGCGGGAGGAGCAGACGCUGGCCGGGGACAUGGCCGCCCUGGUGGUCCCCGGCCCGCAGGACCGGACCAAAGCCUUGACCUACGUGGUGCUCAGCGCCCUGCUCAUCUUCACUGUGGCGUUCCUGCUGGGCUACGUGGCCCUGCGCGGCAGCUGCCCAUCGUGCGCGGGGCUGCGGGGCGACCUGCUGGCCAUGGCGAGCGACGAGGGGGCGGCCGAGGAGUCGCCGGGACCGGGGCCCCCCCUCUACUGGGCCGACCUGAAGGAAAUGUUCCAGAAAUACCUGCGGGAGGAGAGCAUCGAGAGCACCAUCCGGUGGGUAAGCGAGGGCCCCCACUGCCCCGGCUCGCCCCGCAUGGACGCCCUGACCCACAAGGUGCUGGAGAGUUUCGCGUCCUACAGGCUGGACCAGGCCUGGACCGAUACCCACUACGUGGGGCUGCAGCGUCCGGACAGGAUGAACCCCAACUUCCUGCAUCAGCUGGACCCGCAAGGGGGGGUCCUGGAGAAACUACCCCUGGAGGACCCCGAGAUGUACUGCCCCUACAGCGCCCCCGGCAACGCCACGGGGGGGCUGGUCUAUGCCAACUAUGGGCGCCAGGAGGAUUUUGACGCCCUGGGACAGAAGGGAGUGAACCCCCAGGGCCACCUCGUCAUCGUCAGGGUGGGAGAGAUCAGCUAUGCAGAGAAGGUGGCGAACGCAGACACGGCCCAGGCCCGGGGAGUGCUGAUCUACCCUGACCCCUGGGACAUCCCCCAGGAUCCGAGGAAAGCCGGCCUGUCCCAGAACCGGGCAGUUUAUGGACACGUUCACAUGGGGACCGGUGACCCCUACACCCCUGGCUUCCCCUCCUUCAACCACACCCAGUUCCCCCCAAUCCAGUCCUCGGGGCUGCCCCGCAUCCCCGUCCACCCCAUCAGCGCCAGCACGGCUGCCCGCCUCCUCAGUAAGCUGACAGGGCUGGCCGCCCCUCGGGACUGGAAGGGCCGCCUGGCCGACGUCCCGUAUCGCCUUGGGCCCGGGGACCCAGGCGUCCGGGUGCACCUGCAGGUGAACAACGUCAAGACUCCUACCAUGAUCAGUAACGUCUUCGGCUGCAUCGAGGGGCGAUUUGAACCCGAUCACUACGUGAUCAUCGGGGCUCAGCGGGACGCUCUGGGCCCGGGGGCGGCCGGCUCGGGCGUGGGCACGGCCCUGCUCCUCGAGUUAGCCCGGACCUUCUCCGCCAUGGUGCGCAACGGCUUCCAGCUCCGCCGCACCCUGCUCUUCGCUAGCUGGGACGCAGAAGACUUCGGCCGGGUGGGCUCCACCGAAUGGCUAGAGGGCUAUCUCAGCAUGCUGCACCUCAAAGCCGUGGCCUACAUCAGUCUGGACAAUGCUGUGCUAGGAGAUGACAAAUUCUACGCCAAAACCAGCCCCUUGCUGACCAGCCUCAUCGAGAACGUCCUCAAACAGGUCGACAGCCCGAACCGCAGUGGCCAGACCCUCUAUGAGCAGGUGACGUUCCCAGAUCGGCGCUGGGCCAGCGAGGUGAUCGGCCCCUCUCCAUGGACAGCAGCGCUACCUCUUCACCGCUUCGCGGGGGUCCCGGCCGUGGAGUUCUCUUCGUUGCAGGACGCCCGCCCCUACCCGUUCCUGCACACCCAGGACGACACCUACGAGAACCUGAACGGGCUGCUCUUCGGGCGGCUGCCGGCCGUGGCCAAGUCGGUGGCCGAGGUCGUGGGGCAGCUGCUGAUCCGCCUGAGUCACGACCACCUGCUGCCGCUGGACUUCGGCGCCUACGGAGACGUCCUGCUGCAGCGGAUCGCAGAGUUCAACCCCUACAGCAGCGAGCUCAAGAGCCGCGGCCUGACCCUGCAGUGGAUGUACUCGGCCCGGGGCGACUACACGCGGGCGGCCGAGAAGCUGCGCCAGGACAUCUACAGCUCGGAGGAAAAGAACGAACGACUCAACCGCAUGCACAACGUCCGCAUCAUGAGGGUGGAGUUCUACUUCCUGUCCCCCUACGUGGCGGCCCCGGAGACCCCCUUCCGGCACGUCCUGCUCGGGCGGGGGCCCCACACGCUGCGGGCGCUGCUGGAGCACCUGCGUCUGCUGCGGGAGGCGCCCGGGCGCUUCGACGAGGGGCAGUUCCGGCGCCAGCUGGCCCUGGCCACCUGGACACUGCAGGGGGCGGCCAACGCCCUCAGCGGGGAGGUCUGGGACAUCGACAUCAACUUCUGAGCCCCCUGUUCCCCCCCGGGUGCCCCAGACGGCUUCCCUGUCCCCCCUGGGUCCCGCCCGCUCCGAUCCCCCCCAUUCGCCCUGUGCGGCCUCCCAGCCGAGCCACCUCCCUGCAGGGCCUCACCCCACUGAACCCCCAAAUAUCCCCCCCGUGCAGCCCUCCCCCCAAAUCUCCGCACCCCACUUCCUUGUCUACACCUCCCCCCCGAGGACCCUGUAUUUCUCCUACACCCCCAGAUCUGCAUGCAAGGGGCACCCCUUUCCCUGCCCCCCCAGCCCGCUGCCCCCCCCAUUAAUUUAUCAGUGGCAGCGCCCACUAUAAAUGAUUUCGUUUAUUGCUAGGCGAUAGAUUUAACCCUUUGUCGGAAGCACCAGCUUCUAUAGCCCCCCACCCCGUCCCUGUGACCAAUGGACACGCAGCAUCCCUGGGAACCAAACAGAGGCUGGCUCCCCAACAUGGUCCCACCCCAGCACCCCCCAAAAAAUCCAUCACCAGCUGCAACCUCGGGCACCAGGACGCCUGGGUUCUCUCCCCAGCUCUAGGAGGGGAGUGGGGACUGGUGGGUUAGAGCAGGGGGGUGGGA